AUGGAGCAGAUGACACAAGAAGAUUAUGUGCUUCAACAAGUGAAGAAACACAUAACAGAUGGUUGGCCAUCUAGACCGAACCUACUUGGAGACAUAUUGCCGUACUGGCAACUUCGGUCAGAGUUAUCGGUGAUGGACGACCUUAUCUUCCGGGAAGAGCGCCUAGUCGUCCCAUCUCAACUAACAUCUGAACUGAUGACAACUGCGCACGAAUCGCACCCUGGGAUUGUGCGUACUAAGAGUCGACUACGAGAAAGUUACUGGUGGCCGGGCAUGGACCGUCAGGUGAAUGAAGUUAUUGGCUCUUGUCAUGUGUGUCAGUUGGCAGAUAAGUCUGCAAAGAUUACCUCUGCGCCGUUAAAGCCAGUGCCACUGCCUGACAAGCCAUGGGAGAAACUGGUCAUUGAUGUUGUCAGCCCGUUUAUUUGCGGACCGCGUGACGCGAGGUUUGCCAUUACAUUACUGGACUACUAUAGCCGUUGGCCCGAAGUCGCUCUGGUGUCAAGUGUUACUUCGAAGACAGUCAUUACUUUUCUGCUACAAGUUUUCAGUAGGGAAGGCUACCCAGAGUACUUAGUGUCAGAUCACGGUCCUCAGUUUACAUCGGACAGUUCGAAAUCUUUCUGA